AUCAAAUGGCAGCGCUAUAGUCACCUUCACUCGACCUGGGAGUGCUAUGAGUUCGCCAAGAGCUAUCGUGGGUUCAAGAAGCUUGAAAACUACAUCAAAAACACUUGGAUGCCUGAAAACAUGAUCAGAACAGACCCACGAUUCACCGCUGAAGAUCUGGAAGCCUUCAUGAUAGAGCGUAACCGAACCCGAGAGCAAGUGGAAGGUUACAAAAUCGUGGAACGGGUGAUCGCUGAACGUGAUGCCGCUCCAACUCUUGAUGUGCCAUAUGAUCACGUAGACUACCUUUGUAAAUGGAAAGGUUUGAACUACGAUGCGUGCACCUGGGAGGAUCAUGACCGAAUCGUCAACAGUGCCGAGGCGGAGGUUCAGGCGUAUCACACCCGUACGCAAUCCAAGACUGUUCCCUAUCGCUCAACUCCGAUUGGAAGGACCCGACCGGCUUUCAAUCCCAUCAAAGAAGAGCCUAAAUACAUCAAGGUCGGGGGCACACUUAAAGACUUUCAGGUCACUGGUCUCAAUUGGUUGGCCUAUGUAUGGCAUAAGGGUCAGAAUGGUAUCUUGGCGGACGAGAUGGGACUCGGUAAAACAGUUCAAACCUGCGCUUUUCUUUCUUACCUUUUCCAUACCAUGGAACAAUACGGCCCAUUUUUAGUAGUCGUACCACUCUCAACUCUACCAGCAUGGCAGAUGCAGUGUGCUCAAUGGGCACCUGACCUUAAUGUGGUUGCUUAUAUCGGUAACAAGAGCAGUCGAAAGACUAUUCGAGAGUAUGAGUUUGGACCUAGUAAAAAGAUUAAGUUCAAUGUGCUGUUGACCACCUAUGAGAUCAUCUUGAAAGAUCGGGCAGAUUUGAGCCAUAUCAAAUGGCAGUAUCUUGCCGUAGAUGAGGCUCAUCGGUUGAAGAGUAGCGAAUCACAACUUUAUGAAGCACUCAUGUCUUUCAACAUUCAAGCCAAGCUAUUGAUCACAGGAACUCCCUUGCAGAAUAACGUCAAAGAGUUGCUUGCUUUGAUGCAUUUCCUACAGCCCGAUAAAUUUGAUCUUUCUGAAGGCCAUUUCGAUCUAGAGGAUGAGGAGAAAGAACGCAAGAUCAAAGAUCUCCAUACCAAAUUACAAUCGAUCAUGUUGCGUCGGCUGAAGAAAGAUGUGGUGCAGAGUCUACCGACGAAAAGUGAACGAAUCUUGAGAGUAGAAAUGUCUGAGAUGCAAAUGUAUUGGUACAAAGCGAUUUUGACCAAGAACUAUGCGCUACUGGCUUCGACUGAUUCACAAGUUUCGCUAUUGAACGUAGCAAUGGAGCUAAAGAAAGCUAGCAACCAUCCAUUUCUUUUUCCUGGUGCUGAACCUAAGACGGACACGAAAGAAACUACAUUGAAAGGACUAGUGGUCAACAGUGGAAAGAUGAUUUUACUUGAUAAGUUAUUAACCCGACUGAAAGCGGAAGGCCAUCGUGUUCUCAUCUUUAGCCAAAUGGUUCGCAUGCUUGAUAUCAUGUCCGACUACAUGUCACUUCGGGGUUAUAUAUUUCAGCGACUUGAUGGUACCGUGGCAUCUGAAGAGCGACGAAAGGCCAUUGGGCAUUUCAACGCGCCUGAUUCUCCUGACUUUGCUUUCCUGUUAUCUACUCGUGCGGGAGGAUUGGGAAUCAAUCUCGAAACGGCCGACACAGUCAUCAUCUUUGACAGCGAUUGGAAUCCGCAAAACGAUUUGCAGGCAAUGGCUCGUGCUCAUCGAAUCGGCCAAAAGAACCAUGUGAACGUUUAUCGACUUGUGACGAAGGACACCGUGGAAGAAGAUGUUUUGGAACGUGCAAAACGUAAGAUGAUUCUCGAAUACGCUAUCAUCAAUCAAAUGGAUACUUCAGGGAAGAACGUUGGGAAGAAGGAAGCCCCUAAAACUCAACAGUUCAACAAAGAAGAUCUUAGUGCGAUCUUGAAGUUUGGAGCUGCCAACUUGUUCAAAAGUUCUGCCGAUCAAUCAAAGCUCGAGUCGAUGGAUUUAGAUGAAAUCAUGACCAAGGGUGAGAACUUUGAGACAGAGACGGCUCCAACAGGUACUAGUUUGGGUGGCGAAGACUUCCUUCAACAAUUCGCCGCUGUACAAGAUGUAAAAGCCGAUGUGACCUCAUGGGAUGAGAUCAUACCUUUAUCCGAGCGUCAGCGAUAUGACCAGGAUGGUGAUGCAGCUCCUGUCAAAGCGAGUCCUGAAGGUCGUCGAAGAGCAGCUCACUCUGGCCCGAAGCUCGACUCAAAACACUUCCGCGAUCUCGAUGAUGGUGAUGAAUACGAUGGCGGAUCUAAAGCAAGUCGAAAGAAGAAGAAGACGAACAACAUUAAUGCUGCACAAGAUCACGACUCUGUAGAUUCGAAACAAAGAAAUUCACGACCUACAGAGUUAACCGUCAAACAUAUUCGAGACCUCAUUCGCGCACUUCAACACUUUGGUGAUAUCCGACAACGUUACGAUAUGGUUGUGAAGUAUGCUAAAUUAGAGUCAAAGGAUCGGAAUACGAUUUUAAACUUUGUGGAUGAAUUAACGGCAUCUUGUGAACAAGCAUUAAAGGAGAAUGAAGAAUCCAUUGCACAGAAACGUGAAGCUGGAGAAGAAAUCACACCUGCGAUUCGGAAUAAGGCUGUAUUGGUAGAAUUUCGUCAAGUAAACAAUAUCAAUGCUGAAACGGUUGUGAAUCGGAUUAAGGAUUUGAGAAUCUUACAUGAUGAACUAUCUGCUGAGCGAGAUGCCCUUAAUUGGAACCAUCCGGUAUCUUCACUCAAGUCAUCUACAACAGCAGGAUGGUCGUGCGAGUGGAGUCUAGCCAAGGACAACGCUUUACUCAUAGGUGUUUGGCGUCACGGUUUUGGUCGAUGGGAUUUGAUCCGAGAUGAUGUAGAUCUAGGCCUGUCAGAUUCCAUCUUUUUGGACGAUGUGAAAAAAGUCAAAGGCGAAGAACCAAAACCAAAAGCGAUUCCAGGUGCGGUACAUUUAGGUCGUCGGGCAGACUAUCUUCUUCGUGCCUUGAGGGAUUAUCAAGAACAGGCUGAGACGGAUGAGGCAGAUGGAGAUAGCCCUAACCGUCCGAGCGGCCAUUCUCACGAGCCCUCUGCCAGUGGUUCGCAUAACCGACCAUUUUCCACAUCCUCAAACAUUCCCAAACGAGCGCGAGCACCCUUGCCACCCAAGCCAGUCACUACCGAUUUAACUGAAGAAGAAGAUGAGGAUAGCAUGGAUGAAGACGAGUGCAAGGAGGCUAUGAGACCGGUUAAGAAAGAGCUGAAAGAAUUGCGGGCUGAUGAGAGCAAAUCCCUUGAAAGCGGAGCCCGAGCUGCUGUGCUCAAACGACUGCUGAAAGUGAUUGGAAAUCAUAUCCAUGACUGUGUUGACAAGCUCAAGGCAGAUCAAUAUGAGCGGGCACGGAAGCGAAGACAUCUGUGGACAUUUUCGGCUGAAUGGUGGCCAAGA